AUGGGGAGUGCAGUAAGUUCAAUCGGGAGAAAUAAAUCAGUUGGUAACUGGGUUAGUUCCGAAUCUGAGAAUCCAUUCGAAAUCGCUUUUGUCAAGAAAGAACGGAUCUGUUUGCGAGAAAGUUUUCAGAAAUUGAAAGAUCCAAAACAAAUUAUUGAGAAUAUAUUUGUAAAAAUUCUAAACGAUAUUGCACCCGAAUUGAAAAAGCCUUUCGGCGUCGAAAGAUCAUCCAAAGCAAUAAUGCCAAAAAUGCCAAAAUUGGGCAGACAUAUCGCGCAAUUUCUCGACUGUCUUGACCAAUUGACAAAUAUGAUUGGUUGUACAGAAAAUCUACUUGGUGCUUGGCAAUUAGCUCGUAAAGCCGGUCGAGCGCAUUCUCGGCAAAUGUUUUUAGAAAUGAAUCAAAGCAAAGAAAAAAACUAUUUUGCCAUUGUAGGCAAUACAUUCAUCGAUGAAUUUAUUCCCUAUCUGGCUGGUGAAGAAGAAGAACCAAAUCAGAAAGAAUCAGAUCAGGAUAAGAAAAAAGUGCGCUUUGCACCUCCUUAUUCCGAAACGAUGAUAACUGAUGUGUGGCGAAGAUUCUUCAUCAUUCUCGUGACGCAGAUAACAGAAAGUUUUGAGGAAGGGCGGAAAAAGCACAGUAAGAGAAUUAGUCAGGGAGCACUAUCGCUAAAUCAAUUUGGUAUGGAGAGCGAGAAGAGAGACAAAAGAAACAAGUUAGAUUAA